AAUUUGAUUUUGGUGUUUUCCAACUCUGGAUAAGUAUGGGAAAAGGAAGUAUCAAAGUAUUUCUGUGUUUCUAGAGUAUUGCAAAGAAUUGGCCUACUGUGUAUUUCUUAAAAAAAAAAAAAAAAAAAAAAAUCUGAUUUUAAUGUUUUUGAUUCAAUCAACAAUAUGACCUGGUUGUCAUUGUCUAAAUUGCAAAGGGAUCACACUGACAGGUGUGUCUGUGUGCUGGGUGCUUGAUUUAUCUCCAGCGAGAAAUACUGAUGUAGGAUAUCUUGCAAUUUACAAUGCUCACAUGUUUGACUUGCCACUACCAAAUGUGUUAGCUAAGGAUCCCAAAUUUAAACGGAAAGCAAAAUGCUUUGACAUUUGGAACACGGAUGAGUUUUUUUUUAGCCACGUGGGGGGCAGAAGCGAUGCAGUCUAGUCGCAGCCAGCAGUCUAGUCGCAGCCAGUGUUGGACCCUGGUACGGAGAAGAUUGCCCAGGGCGGCAUCUUCUGAAGGGGAACCGAAUGGGACCAAAAGAAACGUUAAGGCUGAAAAGAUGUGAAUUUAGAUUUAAUACAGCAUGGGACAAAGGCCAAUAGAUAAGGUCAGAGAUCAUGUACUGACAGGCUGGAUGUGGAUCUGGGAUCUGCGUGUUCAUGGUCAGCAGAGGCAGAAGAUCAUCCUGGCUACCAUCUUCCUGAUAACGACACUGCUGAUACUGUUCAGCUCCAACAGCAGCAGUGAGAUUUACAGCCCUUUCCAUAACAGCUUCCACCAUAAAGUUAUGUUCACGGAUCUUAAAAAGUGGGCGGGCAAGGAGGGCUAUGUAGCGGUCUACGGCAACAAGAGCAUGACCCUGCAUUGUCGCCAGUGUGCACUGGUCACCAGCUCCAGUCACAUCCUGGGCACUGGUGCUGGAGAUGAGAUUGACCAGACGGAGUGUGUGAUUCGUAUGAACGAUGCACCCACCACGGGCUUUGAGCCGGACGUGGGCAAUCGCAGCACGCUGCGCGUGGUGGCCCACUCCAGCGUGUUCCGGGUAGCCCGCCACCCCAGCGAGUUCCUCAACAAGACCCCAGACCUUGUCGUUGUGUAUUGGGCCCCCCCCACCAUGAUCGGGAAGGACUCCAAAAGCACCCUCUUCCGCCUGAUCCAAAGGGUCAGCAUGACCUUCUCCAACCUGUCCAGUUUCACCAUCGCUCCCAGCAAGAUGCGCAAAUUCGACAGCCUGUUCCAGAAGGAAACAGGCCGGGACAGGGCGAAAUCUCGAUCUUGGCUAAGCACCGGGUGGUUUACCAUGGUGAUCGCCAUCGAAAUUUGUGACAGCAUUCAUGUGUAUGGCAUGGUUCCUCCUAAUUACUGUGUAACGGGGCCCCACCCAAAACGCAAAAUGCCAUACCACUACUAUAAGCCAAGGGGCCCAGACGAAUGCCUGACUUAUCUGCAGAACGAAAGAGGGCGUAUGGGAAACCAUCAUCGCUUCAUUACUGAGAAGCAAGUGUUUGCGCGCUGGGCCAAGCUUUACAACAUCACCUUUUCCCAUCCGAGGUGGUGAUGCAAGGAAUGGUUCUACGUCCGCGCAGCCUAGGGUAGGUGAUAGAGCAGGACACUGGCUACGUCCAGACCCUUCUAGAUCCCAUUCACACAAAUGUAUUAAAUCACGACCUAAGAUCUGCUAACCAGGAGAUAUGUGGGUGGGUUGGUUUGAUUUCUUAUGGUGUUCUUGCUGGGUUUACCCGGAACACAGGGAAUGCCAUAGAUCAAGUAAUAAUGUAUGGGGAACUAUCAGAAUAGAAGGUAAGAGCCAUGUUAGUAGGCCCUCCACAAGCACUGAAUGUUUCAUUGUUUAAAACUAGAAAAAAGCUAUGAAUUUGAGAAUGUGUUCAUUUCUCUGAAAGUAGGACUUUCUGAGAUUGACUAAUGAUUUGUAAAUAAGAAUUAUAUACGUUGAUUUCCUAAAGAUGUAUUUUUACAUGUUUAUAGUUUUUUGACUGAUGUUGGAAAAACUACUUACCACUGAAACAAAUGGCAUUUUGGGAAAAUUCUUAGACACUGAAUGUAAUGAAGUAAGUAACCAACAUGUGAUGUUUGAACAAAUCACCAAAACCUUUUGUACUUACUGUGUGAUUUCAUUUGGUCACAUGCCUUAUCCACAUACCCAUGGUUGCUCACAGUGCUAAUAUUUUAGCAUCUGUGUACAGAUUAUUCUUUGUUGACAAGAAUCCAUGAAGUGUCAUUGUCUGGCAGUAUGACUACAAAUGUACUAUUCCAUCUGAUACUUGAUUCUACAAGUUUGUUAAUGUACACAUAUAUGCUGUUUUGUGACAAUAGGUGAGAAUUGUGGAAGAAGAAUGUUACUAUUAUGAAACUUUUUGUUCUACUUUACAGAACAAUGUUAGUUGUAAAAGGCAUGCAGAUAUUGAAAUGAAUGAUAUAAUGUUUUUGAGAACA